ACUCUGCAGUUCUCGGAUUCUGGCUCCCAGUUCUGACACGUGUCUCCUACAGGAAAAUACAUCUGCCGCUACUUGUACGAAAACGCCAUGCAUGAGCUGACCAGGGAGGUGAUCGUUCCCCUCGGGGCGGCGGACCUCAUCCAGACACGGUCGCAGCUCUCCAUGAACUGCAGCUCCCCUGAGGGCCUGACUCUGCAGUGCUGCGUCCGGAACAGAGGAGGAGAGCUGAGAGCAUCCUGGAACCCAGGUGCCCCAGACCCAGUUCGCCUGGGGGGCAACGGAGACCCGCUCUGCCACUUCCUCGCCCUGAGUUCCUGCCCCAGCGCUGACACCGCCUACCAGUGCACAUUUGAAAGCGACCACCUGGGAACAGUGCAGACCACAGUGUCUGUGGGCCCGAUUCAAGCCGGAGAUCGCUUCUGCCCCGGUGAGAACUCCACAGGCAGGUGGGAUGCCACGAAGGCAGGGCAGGUGGCUGAGCUCCUGUGUCCCGAGGGGACCGAUGGAAAGAUGCUGCGGUCCUGCUCUCCUGGAGGGACCUGGGAAAAUGUCCAAGACAACUGCACAAAUCAUCAACUGCUGUCUGGGUUGCACGAGGCCCAGCUGCUCCAGGCGGGGCUGGGCAGCCCCCAAACGGAGGUCCCUUGGAUGAUAGACUGGCUGAAGGCGGAGACCGAGUCCGGGAACAUCCAGGGCAAAAAACCCCGGGACAUCCUGGCUGUGCUCGACACGAUGGACAUCAUCUCGGAGGUGGCGCUGGGAGCCCAGAUGCGCCUGGAGAGCAGCGUUGUGGCUAAUUUGCUGGCUGCUGCCAACACGAUGCUCGACAUAGACCCGGGGCCGGAGUGGUCUGUGGUGGAAGCCCUGAGCCCGUCAGCCGCUUCCAGGCUCCUGCAGUCCAUCGAGAACCUCGCCAGCCUCCUCCUGCCACCUUCGGGCAGCCCCUACAACUUGACGCUCCCCAACCUUGAGCUCCAAAGCGCCCAGAUGGGCCCUGAGUUUGAGGACUUCAACAAGGGCUUCGACACGGACCCCCCUCUCCGCGUCCACAUCGAGGAGGAGGAGCUGCUGCGCUGCGGGCAGAACGUCACCGUCACCAGCCUGGUGCUGAAGAAGCUGGGCAGAAUCAUGCCAGGCAGCCGUGGCGCCAAGGCUAGGCUGGGCAGCUUAGUGAUGUCCAACUCCGUCACGGCUUCCAACGGGAGCGUCUCGCAGGUGGAGGUGCAGAUGACCUUUGGCCACUGGAACGGCACCGGCAAAGGGCAGGAGGAGGAAGACGAGGAGGAGAGGGUGGCACAGUGUGUGUUCUGGGACCACAGCCUGCAUGGCAAGGUUGGCGGCUGGUCAACUGAGGGGUGCCAGACCUCCAGCACUGAAACCGCCACCAAGUGCACCUGCCACCACCUGACUUCCUUCUCCAUUCUCAUGUCUGCCCAUCCUGUGCCAGACAGCUUCGCCCUGACCUUCCUGGGCACCUUCGGGGUCUGCGCCUCAAUCCUGGCUCUCAUUGCCACCCUCGCCAUCUACUACCUCGUCUGGACUUCAGUGGUGAAGAACAAGGUGGCUUACUUCCGCUACACCACGCUGGUCAACAUCGCCCUGUCUCUGCUGAUGGGCAGCUUCUGGUUCCUGGGCGCCUCUCGCCUGGCGUCCGACCCCGAGAGCAAGCUGUGCGUGGCGGCCGCCUUCUUCACCCACUUCUGCUACCUGGCCAUGUUCUUCUGGAUGCUGGUCCAGGCCCUGAUGCUCUUCCAUCAGCUGGUCUUCGUCUUCCACCAGCUGAGCACCCGCUCCGCCCUGCCCGCCAUGGUCUCGCUGGGCUACCUGUGCCCCUUCGCCAUCGCCGUGGCCACGGUAGCCACCUUCCUGCCCCGGGGGGGCUACCUCCACCAGGCCGUCUGCUGGCUCUCCUCCCGCAGCAAAGCCAUCUACGCCUUUUCCGUGCCCGUCCUGGCCGUUGUGUCGGCCAAUGCGCUCAUCCUCUUCGUGGUGCUGCUGAAACUCAUGAGGCCCUCGGUGUCCGAGGGGCCGCAGGGAGAGGAGUGGAAGGCUCUGGUCAGCAUCUUCAAGGCCCUGCUCAUACUCACGCCCGCCUUCGGGCUGACGUGGGGACUGGGCGUCAUCACCAUGACCUCGGAGGCCUCGCAAUUCACGCAUUACAUGUUUACCAUCCUCAAUUCGCUCCAGGGGGUCUUCAUUCUGAUUUUUGGCUGCCUCAUGGACAAGAAGGUGAGGGGAGCGCUUUGCAAGCGUCUGUGCAAGUCACCUGCAGCUCAGACCAAGAGCGAAACUCUGGACUCCAAACUCAGCAACUGAGAGGCUGGAAGUCGCACAGCCCCACAGCUUUGGGCAGUAGAAAAGGGCUCUCGGCUUGCCACCCUCCUCCUCCCUGCCCAGUCAAAACCAUAUUGCAGCUUUUGGAAACCAGCAGCAAAAGUUCCUUUUAUGAAAUGUGGGAAGCCAGUUUUGCCACCCACUUUUGCCUUCAACCAUGAGCACCAUGCCAGCAGCGGGACUUCAGAAGGACAACACAGGAUCAGGCCUUUUCUGCAGUUUGUGGAACGCUCUGCCCUGGGAGGCUCCCCUGGCCUCUUCAUUAUACACCUUCAGGUGCCAGCUGAAAAUGUUCUCUUUCAACCAGGCCUUGGGGUGACUGACAUCCGAUAU